CCAAAACAUCAAUAUCCCUCUCCAAUCGAUCCCAACCCUCCAAAUUCACCACCAUUUUCCAUUGCGAACCCAAAAUCUCCUGCUAAAUUUUUGAGGCACGCCCCUGAUUGCAGAAUUACCUUCUUUAUCACUUUUAUUUUCCUUUUUAGAUUUGGCUCAUAGUCACAACCUAUAUCGGGGUGAUUCGUCCUCGAAAAAUACAAUAUCCGAAUGCUUGGAAUUUCCAGGUGACGGCAACGUCCCUCGGUCCCAAAAUAUAUAAUCCCCUCUCUUUCUCUCUCAACGCCACACAGACCGAUCAAUCUCCAUGUCCAACAGAAUGGCGACCUUGGACGGCAUCGUAAUCGGGAUUCUAUCCUCAUUUGGUUCCGCCAUCUUGAUAGCCCUUAUUUUUCUCGUUGUCUAUUUCUUUAGAUAUACAACAUCCGGUCGCAUUUUCCUUGACCGAAUUGGUCGACCCGGCGAAUAUGACGACGAGCAGGCAUUUGCUCGGGAGGAGGCGGAAGCUCUCGAGUCGAUGGAUGACAUGCAAAGGACGGAAUAUUUGAGGGCCAAAGCUUUUAUCCAAGCGAAUCCACCCGAAUCCGUCCAGACAGACAUUUCCUUAUCACAAUACUUAGCUAUACAAGAAAAGGGUGUUUCGGCAUGGGAGUUCGAGCCAGAACUAGAAAUCGCAAACUGUUUUGUCGAAGGAAGAACAGAAAUUGAGUUCUUCGAUUCCGAAUGCACCGUUAUGAGCAACUUACCCGUACCGAAACAAAAUGAAGUCUACUACUGGGAAGCAAAGAUCUAUGACAAACCCGAAACCACCAUGAUAAGCAUCGGCAUGACAACGAAGCCAUACCCACUAUUCAGGCUUCCAGGAUACCACAAAUAUUCCAUCGCCUACACUUCUACCGGCGCUCGACGAGUUAAUCAACCAUUCAACCCUACGCUUUAUGGGCCUCAGUAUGUUCAAGGCGAUGUUAUCGGAGUUGGUUAUCGCCCCCGAACAGGAACCAUUUUCUUCACUCGCAACGGAAAACGCCUCGACGAUGUGGCGCACGGCCUAAAGUCGCAAAACUUUUUCCCGUCUGUCGGCGCAAAUGGCCCAUGUACUGUACAUGUUAACUUUGGCCAGGCUGGUUUCGUAUUCAUCGAAGCGAAUGUGAAGAAAUGGGGAUUGGCUCCGAUUACCGGCAGUCUUGCACCGCCGCCCCCAUACGGGAGCGAACAGGGCAGUAUCUUACUCGAAUCCGGUCGUAGGAAAGACGAGUAUUCCGGGUCACCAGCCGGGGGACACGGUUAUACCCAGUCGGUCCAGAGAUACACAAAUACUCCGACCCAAAAUCAGGGACAUGGCCGGACGAGAAGUGGUAACUUCAGAGUACUCCCCCCUACGAGUCCCGGGCCGCAAAGGAGUCCUACAGAUAUUUCUCUUGCGCAACUAGUUCCAUCAGAUGAAGUGGGCGAGCCAAGUAACAGCGGCAAUGCUGCCCGCGCUCCAGGGGACCACGUUGUCGAUGUUAUCGGGUUAGGCCUCCAUGAAGCAUCACAUCCACCGCCCGAAUAUACUAGCCCCGAACAUUCGGAUGAGGACAAUUCCAGCAGCGGCUCCGAUAGCGACAGGGUCCCGUUGAUCAGGGCGGUACGCAGUCGUGGAGCAUCCGCAGCCACCAUAAGACCGAGUAACCCCCCGAUUCCUAGUUAUAGUGACGCUGUUCGACAGGGCGCUGGUAGGGACAGGAGCCACAGCGAAAGCGCCAUGUCGAGACGGGAUGGCAAUUGAAUAAACUAUAGAGGGCGUCAUCUACAGAUGACUAUCAGGUUACGUGCGCUACUACUGUCUAUACGUAGUCCACGGCCGGCAAAAAGUUGAUUUUAGAGCCAACCAACAUGGAACGGGGAGUUUAUGGUCAGGAAAGGGAAACAAUACUUUUGCUUUCGCAGCAAAUAUUUCUUUUUCUUUUGUUUUGUGCGUUUUUGGGAUAAUGACAAACAGUUGGCAUUGGGUCAGGUGAAAGUCUUAUUAUUUACAUGAUACCUCAAGAAAGUCAUUCGCAUCGUGUGUUUAGCAGGCAGUAAGCAUUUUUCAAUUGUUUUUGGCGGUGUUUUUAGGGUCAAGGGGUUAGGGGUUAGGGGCGAAACAAAGGGGUGGAAGGGACCGAUACAGUUAUUGGUGGAAGUUGGAUUGGUCAACUCAACCUCUUAAGGAGUUUUUCUCCUCUGUUUCUUGUUGCUUGCUCUCCGUUUCCUUUCUUUUUUUCCUUCUUCCUCUAUUUCAUUGCGAAAAGUUUGGAGGAGGGUGAAAAGAAAAGAGAGAAAAGCUGAAGUGUAUUGGAUUGGAUUGGACUACUGUUGUUGCUGCUUGCUAGUACUUACCUACCUACUUAGUACUUACUCCCUUCCCCCUAACCUAAACAGCCCCUUGAUAGGAAGAGGAGGAGCAGUGGAGGAGAGGGAGAGUAGAGAGA